CAAAGUUACGCCCACCGUCCCAGGUGUCAUUGCAUGUUAAUUCCAUUCUCAUUUUGAUUUUUUGAACAAAUCUAUUUAUAAGUUUAUCGGCCUUGUAACACUCAAAAAUGUCACUGGAAAGAAUCUUGCAACAUGAAGUCGCGUGUCCUUUUGCAAGAUAUAUAAAUCAUAUAUGGAUACAUUUGUAUAAAUAUACUAGUAAAUAAAAAAUGUUGAAUUUGAUUUAUGUGUGUUCAAAUAAUGUGUAAUGAAUUUUCGCAAGACUUCACAACGAUGCCUAGAGAAAUAGAGGGCCGAAGUUGGGAGUUUGAUGUUCAAAUACGACGUCAUUAACACAUUCGACCUCUUCAAUGAUCGUCAAUUGCAUGCAUGCGAUACACAGUUGCAUCGUGUAAACUAGGCUUGCUCAGCAAACACUGUUCUUGAAGUGAAGCUGAGAGCGAAUCUCUACAGUACAGUAGUAGCAGUUACUGCUGUUGAGUAGUAGCACUCUGUUGGUGGCUCUUUAUGGGUUAGGGUUAGGAUUCGUUAGAAACGCUCUCACCCUUCGGAUUAUGAAAGGUUACUAGUUAAUUGAGCUCUGAAACAGGUGGAAUUUUUUAUCUCAAUAAUGGAAGUUGAGCAGCUAGAAGCUGAAGCAAAAGCUACAGCAGCGAAACAUGUCAUUAACAUGCUUCAGCGUCCUGGACAAUUAGAAAAGGUUGAACAGUAUAAGAGACGUGUUAGUCGGAAAAAGGCAUCUGUUGAAGCUAUGUUGAAAACUGCAAUGCAAAGCCAGCUUGAUGGAGUUCGUGUAGGGUUGAAUCAAUUGCAAUCUGCUCUGCAAGACAUUCGUAGCAUAAAAGAAAAUCUGAAGUGGAUUGAAGAAUCAUUUUCAGUUGUCCCAGAGCUGUACAUGAAAUUACAAGAUGUGAGGGAUGAAAACAUGAGACACUCUCAGUAUGUUACGGCAAUGGAAAAUCUCAAACACAUUUUCACUGUGCCUGAAAGUGUAGAAAAAACAAAACAGUGGAUUAAUGAAGGAAAAUUAUUACACACCCAUCAAAGUUUGACUGACUUGGAAAAUUCUCGAGAUGAUUUGCUCUAUGAACUUCAUAAAUUACCAAAUCAAGCGCUUGCUGACAAGAUAAUGUUGAAAGCAUAUUUUGAAGAUGUUGAACAACUCUCUCAUUUGUUGGAGAAGCAACUACGACUAGUUCUUAGCCGUACCCUCAACACUGUGCGAAAAGAGCCUACUGUUAUUGUGACUGCCCUACGGAUUAUUGAGAGAGAAGAAAAAGCAGACAGUUUUACACUUCAGCGCCAGCGGCAGAGUGGGUUCCUCCCUCCAGGGCGCCCCAAGAAGUGGAGGGCAAUGGCUCUACAGGUUCUGGAGAAAGCUGUGGCACAGAGAAUUGAAGGUACUCAAGUUGAAGAAAGAAUGGAUAAUAAGAUGUGGCUUGUACGUUAUCUAGAAUUGACCCGACAGUUAAUCUUGGAAGAUUUGAGAGUUGUAAAAACAUUGUGUGUACCAUGCUUUCCACCUCAGUAUGAUAUUGUCAAUAAAUAUGUCAACAUGUAUCAUACUUGUUUGUCUCAACAUUUGCAGGAUAUAAUCCAGAAUGGUCUGGAAGGGAAUGAAUAUGUGUCAAUGCUCGCAUGGAUUACCAACACAUAUCCUGGAGCUGAGUUGAUGCAACACCCUGAAUUGAAAGUAGAUGUGUCUGUUAUUGGCCCUUUAUUACCAACUGAACUGGUAGAAGAUCUUCAGCAACGGUAUCUAAAGUAUAUGGAAGGAAAUUAUGUAGAGUGGAUGCAAAAGACUUUGGAGACUGAAAAGGCAGAUUGGGGUAAUGGAGUUCCGCCUGAAGGGGAUGAUCAAGAAGGCUACUACCAUACUUCAGCCCCAAUAAUCAUAUUUCAGAUGAUAGAUCAAAAUCUUCAAGUCACCAAAACUAUCAGUCAAGACUUGACAUUCAAAGCCCUUUUAUUGAGUAUGGAACAAGUUACUCAAUAUGGAAAAAUGUACAGAGAAGCCAUUUUAGAAUUUAAAAUUGGGCACUUUGAAGAUCGUAGUCAGUUGGCUCAACAGAUGAAGCAGCAUUACUGGAGACCAGGUCUUCAUGAUAAUGAAGCGGGAAUGAAAUUUGAAGCUUUACUUAACACUUUCCAGCAUUUGCGAGAUGAAGCAGCCAAAUUUCUCCUAGAGGAAGCAUUUUUGGAUCUUGAACUUCACUUCCAAGACCUUGUAACAAGCAAGUGGUUAGGCAACAAUAUUCCAGUUGACACUAUUUGUGUGACAUUAGAAGAUUAUUUUCAAGAUUACAUUCAUUUACGUCCUCGAAAUUUUGAUUAUGUUAUCACGGAAGCUCAAAACUUAGUUGCAAAAAGAUAUAUUUCAUCAAUGCUUCAGAGAAAACUGUCAUUUAAAACUUAUGAAGAACGACGAGAUGCUGCUGUUAAGAUCAUGAAAGAAGCUGAGCAGAUCAAAGCUGUCUUCAUCCGUAUUGCACCAAAAGUUGCAAAGUUUGAUUCUCCAUUUGAAAUAAUUUUAUCAUUGGCUGAAGUUUUGAAAAGUGAAGAUCCAGAAAUUCUAUCACUUGACUUGCAUGGUAUAGUGGAUAAAUAUCCUGAUGUAACACAAGACCAUUUAACUCAUCUUCUCAGUUUGCGUGGUGAUAUUUCCCGAUCUGAAGCACGAGAAAAGGUUGCAUAUAUUUUAAAGAAUAAUAAAUCUAGACAGCGCCCAACAAUUCCAAAAAGUAUAUUCUCGCUCAUUCCAUAAUUAUUUAGUUAUUGUAAAAUUGAUUAGAGGCAAAGACAUUCCACAUUUUUGUAAAUAAUGUGUUUUGCAUACAACUAUAGAUUACUUAUGCCAGUGGAAAGUAUUUAUAUAUACAUGCAAGCAUGAACUAAAUUGUGUAUUAAAGAUUUCUGUAUAUAGGUGUGUGUGUGUGUGUAGGAGUGCAUUGGUGUACAUAAGAGGUAACUGAAAAUAUUUUGCUUAUUCAGCUCAAAUAACAAUCAAUCAUAAAUAUGUAUAUAUGUCUGAUGGACGCCCUCCUGGCCAUUUGUUUUAAUUUUCUGCUAAUCAUGAAACGAGUGUAUAAAAUUCUUUUGAGAAAAAGCAUAGUACACUUUCCUGUAAUUGCCAUUCAGGAUUCUAAAGAAAGACUUCUUAGCAAUUUGACUUGCAAAGAAUUUGUGGUAUAUGCUCUUGCUCUGGAUGCUCUCUUAUGGAAACAAAUACUUGUUUCACUUACCGACAUUUAAGUAAUGACAAAUGAUAAUUCUCAGAGGACUCUAUAAAUUAUUAUUGGCUUAAAGAUCAACCAUUACUCUUUUGCCAUUUUUCAUUCAGUUAUCAGUGUCAAUUCAUACAAGAUCUUAUAUAUUUAUUUUUUAUUUAUUGAAGUUUAAAAAAAUUUGCAAAUGAAAUGUCAAUUGUUGACAUUUAUUUCAUUCUUGUAAUAGAACCUCAAACAGAAACUCUUCUUUGUGUUUUUCAUGUGUUGUAAAAACAAACUUUUUACUUUCAGCUGUACUGUCACAUGCCUGUACCACAGCUUCUGAACAGGUCAUUAUAACAUUUCACAGGAGUAUAUAUGUUAAUAUCAGUUUAUAAUGAUAUUACGAGUCUAACAGACGUCUUAGAGCUCAAGAAAAUGAACGUUUCUAUUCUAUAAAUAUUUAAAUUGAUGUAUUAUAUGUACCAUGUAAUACCAUUCAUUUUUUGCUCAUUACACAAGAAAAGAACUAUUUGACAUCAGCUUCUAUCUAUUUUAACAACUAUACAAUUUUAUUUUGUUAGUGUUCCUUUUUACUAGUUGGAAUUGUGUGUGUUUUAAAAAAAUAUUUAUUAUAUUGUACUGAAUUGUAUACAUCUAUUUUUUAAAACGUGUACAUAUAUAUAUUAUUCAGAAUGAUUUAUCAGAAACAAUUUCAAGCUUAUAUUAAAGGUAUUGUCA